GUUAUAUAAAAAGCUGUCUCAAGCAGCAGCCUCUCUGACUUGUCUCAGCUCACAGGGCCUCCAGGAUCAUGGCCUAUAAAAUGCUUCAAGUGGUGCUGUGUUCAACAUUGCUUAUAGGAACGUUGGGAGCACCAUUUUUAUUGGAGGACCCAGCAAACCAGUUCCUACGUCUCAAAAGACACAUAUAUUUGCAGGAUUACUGGGACCCAGAUCUCAGUCCGAAUACGUGGGGAAACACACUGGCUGAUCAGGCUCGUGAAACAUGGACUGCUUUGAAAGCAACAGCACAGUAUUAUCUGAAUGUGAAUGGUUUCACCCUUGACACGUCUACUGCCCAGUAAAUGUGCUUUGCUGGUUCAACCAGGAUAGCAGGAAUAGAGGGAGCCAAAAAGCGGUGAUGUACCCAAACCACCAGCUUUGGAGACCUGAGGGCAAAUCCACACCAUCUGCUAGGUUAUUUA